AAAACGGCAACUAUAAACAGACCGCAAGUGCAUAGAAUCAGCGACACCACGUCACCGAAUUUCCAAAUCCCCAAACGAGCGUAAUAUAAGUCCCGAGCGCAGCAGCGAUAAAGAUGCCGGCGUCAAAAAGCCCGCUCGAUAGCAGCAUCAAGCGCUCCAGCUCAGGAACACGUCGUCCCACCUCGCGCCCAACGACCCCUCUUCGCCCCUCCUCGAAAUCCUCUUUCCGCGAAUCCGGCAGGUCGAGUGUUGGCGGCAAUUCCGAUGCGCCACUAGAGGUAUUCGAGCCCGCAUUUGCGGAGUUGUCGGAUUCAAUGGCGGAUUUGGAAGCGAAUUUUAUGCAUCUACAGUUGAUGCACGAGAGUCUGUCACGAUUUAGCGAAAGCUUUGCGAGUUUCCUUUACGGGCUGAAUAUGAAUGCGUUCUGUGUGGAUUUCCCAGAGGCCCCCGUGGCGGAUUCAUUUCGUCGAGCUCGCCAACAAGCGGAACAACUGAACCGAUCGACCAACUCAGAAAGAUUUCAGGGCGGCGAUUUUGACGGAGAAACAACUUUCAUGACUACCGACACAUCGUUUGUCGACAACCCUCCAACAUCAUCGAAAGCGACCCCAAAAUACACCCCUCCUGUUCCAGCCUCAAGGAUAGCUGGCGCGCCUGGUCGUGGUGGAGCAUCAUCAACCGGGAGGGGUGGCGUUCCCAGAGGCGGGUACCGGGGUGCUCGUGGCAGUGGUUUGGCAAGGGCUCGAGGAAGUAGCCUUAAGUAGGACUAUCAAGAUACCAGAAAUACCCCAGAGACAAUAUUUCCGAUAAAGGCAUACUUUUAUCCAGAGCAGCGCUAUAUGUGGGGCCCGCUCGACUUUUCAACGGGAAAUGCUGGCGUCGAGUUUGUUAUCGCAAUGGGAAGGCGGCUUCCGGGUACGAAACAUGGCGGGGUCGGUUCUUCAUGUUGCCAUCUCAACGUCGAUAGUCUGUGCCUUAUUCACAUUCGAUCGUAGCGGUCCAUUGUCUGUUCGCAACCCAACUGCAGCUUCCGCUUCCUUUUGGGAGUAUGGCUCGUCUUUUAGCGCCUUGACUCUGUUAUGGAUUGUCAGCAAACUGUCAGUUGAUGCUGUAUUGUCUGCCAUACCUUCUCCUGUGGUUCUUGCCCUUCAAAUGCGUCCUCUGGCUGUUCUCUCCCUCAAACCAUUUCGCACAUUCGACGCAGUAGAACUCUCCCAGGCCUGGCAAAUCCUCGGUCGCUUUUGUUGCUUGGUAUUGUGAAAGAUGCUUGGACGACAGCAUGUCAGACUUGAUUUGGUCGAGAUCUCUAUUAGAACAUGGUGGUUAGCAUACCUUCAAAUAUAGAUACUCCACUGUAUAUCACAGUGCACCACAAGUAAAAUAGUCCAUGUAUUGGAGGGAUGGGCAAGUCAUAUACCUCGUGUGCCUCCUCGUCUUUGU